GCGAGACUGAGCGAGAAAGCUGGAGAGGAGCAGAGAGAAACUGCCAGUGACUGCUAGAUUUCGGAGUCCGCCGCGCCACAGUACACUGUCUCGGAACUUGGCACCCUUGGGAACCCUGCAGCCCUCUCGGGCCCUGUUUUCGGGCUCUUGCAGUACAACCCGCGCCUCGGCUCGCUGGAAAUCUCUCAGAGAAGCGGUGGGACGCGGAGACAACAGCUUUCUCCCGGUAGCGGAUAACGGGGAAUGGAGACCAACUGCCGCAAACUAGUGUCGGCGUGUGUGCAACUAGAGAAAGAUAAGAGUCAACAGGGGAAGAAUGAAGAUGUGGGCACCGAUGACCCGUCCAAGAAGAAGAGGCAACGGCGGCAGCGGACUCACUUCACCAGCCAACAGCUGCAGGAGCUGGAGGCGACGUUCCAGAGGAAUCGCUACCCGGACAUGUCCACGCGGGAAGAAAUUGCCGUGUGGACCAACCUCACAGAAGCCCGAGUCCGGGUUUGGUUCAAGAAUCGCAGGGCCAAAUGGAGAAAGCGAGAGCGCAACCAACAGGCUGAGCUGUGCAAAAAUGGCUUCGGGCCACAGUUCAAUGGGCUCAUGCAGCCCUACGACGACAUGUACCCCGGCUAUUCCUACAACAACUGGGCAGCUAAGGGCCUUACAUCAGCCUCCCUGUCUACCAAGAGCUUCCCUUUCUUCAACUCCAUGAACGUCAACCCCCUGUCUUCGCAGAGCAUGUUCUCCCCGCCCAAUUCCAUCUCAUCCAUGAGCAUGUCGUCCAGCAUGGUGCCCUCAGCAGUGACAGGCGUUCCGGGUUCCAGCCUCAACAGCCUGAAUAACUUGAACAACCUGAGCAGCCCGUCGCUGAAUUCAGCGGUGCCGACGCCAGCCUGCCCUUAUGCGCCGCCGACUCCUCCAUACGUUUAUAGGGACACGUGUAACUCGAGCCUGGCCAGUCUGAGACUGAAAGCAAAGCAGCACUCCAGCUUUGGCUACGCAAGCGUGCAGAACCCAGCAUCCAACUUGAGUGCUUGUCAGUAUGCGGUGGACCGGCCUGUGUGAACCGUACCCACAACACUCAGAUCCUAGGACCUUGCCAGAUAGGGCAACUUCAACUUUGAAAGAUUGGGAAUUAUGGUAGAAAGUCGUGGGCACUAAGAGAUUGAGAGAGAGAAGAUAGAAAAAAGGAAACCACUGAAUUAAAGAGAGAGCUCCUUUGAAUUCAAAGGAAUUUCCUCAGUGUGUGACAUCUUUCACUAAAAGUAUUUCCAACAACAGUUGCAA